AACAUAAUUGAAAUGCAGGGUACAUAAGCCAAACAAAGCCACACAUCCGCACAAGCACCUGCGCUACCCGGCCGUGCACACAGGACGCCACAACAAGAUGAUCGUCGGCGAGAACGGAUGCACGGACACCUUCGCCAAGUAUGAGGCACUCGUAUCCUCCCUACCGGCCACCCAGGGCCUCUGGAAUUACACAUACCGGAAGUACAAUGGCUUCUGGUACCCGGAGCAUCUGAUGGCGCCGACGCUGAUCAUGCGGGACACGUUCGUCGCCCGUCCAACGGACGUCAUCCUUGCCACCAUACCCAAGUCCGGCGCGACGUGGCUCAAGGCGCUCGCCUUUUGCGUGGUGCACCGCGGCCGCCACGCGCCGACCAACGAGCGCCACCCGCUCCUCGUCUCCAGCCCGCACGAGCUGGUCCCGUUCCUGCACUCCGUGCACGAGAACUACCGCUCGGGCCCGCCCGACCUGCUCCUCGAAGAGAUGCCGUCUCCGCGUGUCCUGGCCCUGCACACGCCGUUCUCGGCCUUGCCGGCGUCGGUGCAGGAGUCCGGGUGCCGCGUCGUCUACCUUUGCCGAGACCCAAAGGACGUGUUCGUCUCGCUCCACCACUACCUCAACGAGAUCAAGCCCGCGAGAUUCGCCAUGACACCGUUCGCCGAGUCGUUCGACCUGUUCUGCAACGGCGUGUCAGGGUUCGGGCCGGUGUGGGACCACAUGGCCGAGUACUGGAAGGAGAGCGUGGCGCGGACGGAGGAGGUGAUGUUCCUCCGGUACGAGCACCUGAAGGAGGACACUGUGGGCUGCAUGAUGCGGCUGGCGGAGUUCCUGGGCUGCCCGUUCACUGACGAGGAGAGGGCGAGCUGUGUCCCCGAGGCUGUCGUGGCAAUGUGCAGCAUGGAAAGGAUGAAGAGCGUCGAGGCCAACCAGGUCGGGGAGCACGGAGCUGGAGAAUUCACGUUCAGAAACUCAGUCUUCUUCAGGAAGGGGGAGGUCGGGGACUGGAAGGCGCACAUGACGGCAGAUAUGGCGCGGAGGCUCGACGGCAUCGUUGAGGAGAAGCUGCGAGGAUCUGGGCUCUCCCUGACCGGCAACUGAUCGAGGUGGCGCGUCGCGCCCGUGCGGAUCACCUACUACAAACAUGCAGGUCUUAAAAAGUGUUCUGUUUCAGUGUCUCGCAGUAGUGAAUUCUGUGUCUCUUGCUUACUAUGCAUGCACGGGCUUGGCUCUGGCUGGUCUUAGCCCAGGACGCUGUGGCUUCGUUGCCACGCGUGGACGUAGUAUUCAUGCCUAUUCUUCCCAGGUUUGGGCCCUCUCGGGGGCCUGGAGAUGUAUGAUGUGUAAACGUACUAUGUGCUGUAAAAUAUUGUGUUGCGUGUA